UUUCACCCGGAUGUUGGUCUCACUACAAACACAAAUGUCGUUGCGGGUAUAGUCUUGUCGCCUCUGAAAUGGAAUUAAAUAUCAGCAAGAUGAGUUCACAGGAUUUGCUGUCAUGUGGGACCGGAGAAGGUCUCAAUGAGAAGCUUCUCCUCAAGCCAAAGACUGGCAGAUCCCUGCAGACAGAGCGAGUCCCGAGAAGCAGUGUGUUGGAGCGGCUGCAGAGCUUUCUGCCUCAGAUGGCCGUGGCCAACGAGAAGCUUCAGCAGCAGAUGGAUGAAGCUCCUGCUGGACAUUUUGACAUAGAGAGCGUUGGAGAGGCAGAGCAGGUCAUAGAGAUGGAUGUAGCUUUGGUGGAGCUCAGCGUGUCAGACGGCGACUCUGAAGAUAUGGAGGAGACUUCAGACUCUGAGGAAGAAUCAGACUCUGGUGCAGAGAACGAGAUCACAGAGCAGAACCUCCGAUUGCCUGGAGAAAAAGGCAAGAAGAAGAAAGCCAACAUCCAGGUUCUCCAUCAACAGGAAGAUUAAAAAACAUGGCUGCACAGACUUCUGGCUGCGUACUGAGUUUCUUUGCUCUCCGACGUGAUCUGGGUUAAACUGACUGAUGUCAAAACCUCUGCCUCAGGUGUGGAGAGACUUGAACCAACUACACAGAAACUGACACAGAGACAGAGAACAGGAAGCUCCUAUGUGGAGACGAAGGUCUCCCUCAUUCCUGUGGGAACAACAGUAAAUAUAGUGUACAUUUAAAGGUCAUAGCUGCAAAAGUGCCUUUGGAGCCACAACAGAUACUGUGAUUAGCUCAUCCAGUCUGGUUGUUUUUGGCCUUGAGCUUGCACACACACUUAGCUAAGGCUACAAACUAUUUGUGAAGUACACUUAAGAUCUUCAAAUAGAAGAUGGGUAACCAGAAAAAAAGUGUGAAUCGGUACAGGCAAUGAAAAUAAAGCUUCUGUACACAUACA